AAUACCCUUCCUUCUUGCAUCCACCUUUCCAGUCAUUAUAGAUACAAUAUUUUAAUAUUUUAUUUUCCAAUAUUCAAAUCACGUAUCAUCGUCACUUGUAGUAAUUUAUCAUUCAAUGAAUGA